GCUGCAACAUGCCGUGACGACAGCGAACGAACGAUCGAGCGAGAGGGACCUCCGGUUGGUUGACGGCCAACGCAUCUAUGGACGCGUAGAGGAGAGGAAGAGAAGAAAGGGAGACGACUGUUGCGAAGUUUAUCGGAGAAGUAUCGUUUUCGCGUUAAAGUUGAAACCUGUCGAUCUUUUGCCUUUCGUUCCAGCAGUUGGGAGUGUCGAUCGCUUUUGAAGCUGGUUGCACAGGUCUCUCAGGGCCAAUAACUUGAAUCAGGUAACAAUACUAUGGGACCUAUCACUGGUGUGAACAACCCUAAUAAUUUAGCUUCAAGACAGCGUUUAAGGUGGACAACUGAUCUGCAUGACCGUUUUGUGGAUGCCGUGACACAACUUGGUGGUCCAGAUAUUGGAUUCCUGACAGGAGCAACUCCUAAGGGAGUUCUUAGAAUCAUGGGUGUUCAAGGGCUAACAAUAUACCAUGUGAAGAGUCAUCUACAGAAAUAUCGGCUUGCAAAGUAUGUACCUGAGGCUUCAGAUGAUGGUAUAAAGUCUGAAAAGAAAGAUGAUGAAAAUUCAAUUCCAGGCCUUGAAAACUCUUCGGGAAUUCAAAUAACAGAAGCACUGAAAUUGCAGAUGGAGGUGCAGAAACGACUUCAGGAACAACUAGAGGUGCAAAGGCAACUGCAGCUAAGAAUAGAAGCCCAAGGGAAGUAUCUUAAGAAGAUUAUCGAUGAGCAGCACCGCCUUAGUGGUGUAUUAGCUGAACUACCUGGAUCGGGCAAUCCUGCACUCACUUCUGGUGAUCACUUCCUGGAGUCUGAAAAGACUGAUCCUUCAACCCCAGCACCAACUUCUGAAUCCCCGGACCAAGAUAAGGCUAUUGGUAGGGGACAAGGAGACACUUAUGGAUUCUACAAAAGCAUUUCAUGUGAUGAUUCUUUCUCCUCUCGCCGUGAACCUCUCACACCUGACUCCACCUUCCAUGUUAGCUCCCCUUCAGCAAGCCCGAAGCCCGAGAGCCAAUCCAAAAGGUUUCAAGUUGGCAGCAUCACAGGCCAUGGCAAGUCGGAGUUGAUGAUCCCUCACAUACUAGAGUCAAGUUCAGGUUCAGAUUUCAACCAAUGAUGCACGGCAUGCAGUUCGAUUCAUGUAAGAUUACAGCUUCCUAAAUCAUUUAGCUCGUCAUCUAUUAAAGAUAAUCCUAGAGACCCAUGGAUGAAUCAUGUAUGACUAUCUCAUUGAAGACUGUAUUAUGCCGGGGUAGACGAAUAUUGUUUGGAGUAACUUGGUUAUGCUUAUUUAAUGACAUUGACACUUCGAAUUUA